AUGGCUUCAACACAAAGCAAAGUUACAUUUAAAAUAACUCUUACAAGCGAUCCAAAAUUGCCGUUUAAAGUAUUAAGUGUACCCGAAGCAACACCAUUUACAGCUGUUUUGAAAUUUGCAGCUGAAGAAUUUAAAGUUCCAGCAGCUACAAGUGCAAUUUUAACAAAUGAUGGAGUGGGAAUAAAUCCUUCUCAUUCAGCUGGUAAUGUAUUUUUAAAAUAUGGAAGUGAAUUAAGACUUAUUCCGCGUGACCGAGUUGGAUAUUUGAAUAUUUAA